GACACAGAUAACCAGUUCCAAAUUGAACACCUUACGCUAUCUAUUGUGAUCAAUCUUGAUUGACAGCUUGAUUGAUGGGCUAUUUAGUCACGAGCGCCGAUCGUAAUCAGGAUUUUGUGCGCAUGAUCAGAUCGCAGCGGCGGGCGUCAGUCGAGACUCGGACGCCAAUGGAGACGGGCGUGCUUGUAACGCCGUUCGCGGCUGAUUCAGAAAAACCAACCUUAGAUGAAAAAUUUAUAACCGAAUUCGAGACCCUCUCAGAACUAUGGAACUCCCAGCAUAAGGAUUACACAAAUAAACUAAAAAGGCAGAAAGGAUACAAUAAGUUGUUAACAAUUUUCAAACGAUAUAAACCGAAUGCCACGGUGGACGAUGUGCGUAAGAAAAUAAACAGUUUGAGGUCGAAUUAUAGGCGGGAGCUGAGAAGGAUUGCGGAGACGCAUAAAAACGGGGAUAUUUACACGCCAAGGUCGAAGUCGUUUAAACUGCUUAGUUUUUUGUAUGACACUGAGAUGCCAGAUUACACUGAACAGAAGCCUCAGACAGUAGAUGUGUUUGUAAAAUGUGAAGAACCAGAAACAACGGAGUCACUCCAGCUUUCAAUGUCUCCUGUCAACGAAACCUUUGACUACAACAGCAUAUCACCUACACAGACCAGUAAAAGUGAAUGUGAAUUAGCUUUUCUGUCAUCAGUUCAAAGUCAAUAUCAACAAGUUCAACAUCCUUUACUGCAAACUGCGAAAGAAAACUUUAACGGCUACAAUAGCAUAUCACCAACAAUGCAAGACAGCAAAAGCAGAGUAUGUCAACCAGCCUUUCUGCCAACUGGAAGUCCAACAUAUCAACAACCUUUACAGCAAACUACAGCUUGGUCACUAGCGCACAUUUGGUCUCAAAAGCUGGAAAAAAUGGAGCCGAUGCAAAGAUUACUUGCAGAGAAAGCUAUCAAUGAUGUGCUGUUUGAGGCGGAGUUGGGAAAUUUGAACAGGAAUUCUGUUAAGAUUAAUUAAUGUAAUGAGGAGUCGUCCUAAGUAGGAGUUUGUUGGAAGUAAAUACAUAUAAUAUAUAGUUAAUAGUAGUAGGCUAGAUAAAUAGUUAACCAGCGCAAAGAAUACAUUUAAAGUGAAGAUCACUCAGAUACAGGCAACUAUCAGUUGUUUCAUCGGCCUGCCUGAUUAAUAAAUAAUAAUAAUAAUUUUAUUGAA